UGCUUCCCCAAACAUCUCCUAUCCCCCGUUUGCCCUCGCUGGCCGGUGGGAGGGGGCCGAGACCCUGGCCCCGCGGCUUUUGAGACGGCAUGGUGCGGGUCUCCGCCCCGCUGUGGGUCCUGAGGUCAAGAACCGCAUCCGGAGAGGGUGCGGUCCCGGAUCCUGCAGGCGCCGCAGCGCUGCCGUCUCUUGCAGUGUCUCACCGCGGGGAGAGGAGCCGCAUGGAGCCGGGAGAGGGAACACGGCAGGUGGAGGGAGGCCCUUAUCUGACGUCAGCUGCCGUCCGAGUGGACACGGGCAGGGAAGAGCCCCGGAGACUUCUUUACUUUACCAGCGGAGAGACCAUGGGCGAUAGCAGCGAAGAGGAGGAGAAGGAGGAGCCGGAGAAGACAGUCGAGCCUUCCACUCUCCCAUGGGGACACUACCUGUGGUUCUGGGCAACGUACCUUGCAAGAAGAUCCUUGUUGACAUGUGACUUUCUCGGUGGGAAACUGGCCGACCUGUUGGGGCUGACCACACCCAAGUACCAGUAUGCAGUUGAUGAAUACUUCAGUGUUCAAGACCAGGAAGAAGAUGAAGAUGGAGAAGAAGUCACAGAAAUGGAGGAGAUGGAAUUCAAUGAGAGGAGGCAUCUGCCGAUUCAGAAGCCUGAAUAUGGGACAGCAGAGGAUCCAGGAAUCCACAGCGGGGCUGAGACCAAGCACCAGGUUUCGUACACUAAUGAAGUGCUGGGAGACAGUGGAGAUGCGGACAACUAACCCCAUCCAUUGCCGCCCCUCCUUGUGUAUAAUCCCUUCCCCUGUCGAUUGUUGUAACUGUUCGCAAGACAAACUGAGGCUCAAAGUGUCCUCUAGUUGUUCCUCCACUCCCACAAGGGGCGAUGUCACCAGCUGGCCCUUCAUCUCCUAGAACCAGCCUGCAAUUGGGUUGGGCUGUCACCUCUUGGUUUAAUCUAAGCCAUUGACCCAAAAUGUGAGCUCAGUCUCUCUCCUCCCAGAUGCUGUCUGACCUACUGUGCAUUUCCAAUGUUCAUGUUUUGGAAUUUCAGCAUAUGUAGGUUUUAGUGACUAAGCUAUUAUAUCAAUGGUUCUGAGGAUACAUAAUUCAAAUCUCACCACAGCAACUUAAUUAAAUAUGGAAUUUUAAGUAUCAGUAUGGUAUCCAUGCCUAUCUAAGCUGGUCCCACCAGUCGUCUUUGGCCCAUAUCCUUUUAAAUCUUCCCUAUUCAUGUACCUGUCCAAAUGUCUUUUAAAUGCCGUUAUAGUACCUGCCUCAACUACCUCCUCUGGCAGCUUGUUCCAUAUACCCACCAACCUCUGUGAGAAAGUUCCCCUUCAGAUUCCUGUUAAAUGUUUCCCCUCACAUUAAAUCCAUGUCCUCUAGUUUUAGACUCCACUACCCUAGAAAAAAAACUCUAUGCAUUCACUAUGCCCUCAUGAUUUUAUACAACUCUUAUAGACAAUAGGUGCAGGAGUAGGCCAUUCGGCCCUUCAAGCCAGCACCGCCAUUCAAUGUGAUCAUGGCUGAUCAUCCACAAUCAGUACCCCAUUCCUGCCUUCACCCCAUAUCCCCUGACUCCACUAUCUUGUAUAGGUUCAUCCCUCAGACACCUCGU